GACAGAUACGGAAGACUUAAACCUGUUUUUAAAAGUAAAAGGAAUAAACACCUGGGAAACACUAUGGCUACAGGAAGAAUUGACGACACACUUCUAGAAUGUAGUAGUGACGCCGUCGGUGGAAAGAUCGGGAGCAAGUGUGAACCUUGUCGUCGGCGGGACAGGUCAGAGGUUGCUUCAAUGUUUUGUUAUACAUGUAAGGUAUAUCUAUGCGAUGACUGCUGUGAAGUACACAGGAUACACAUGACAAACGUUUAUGAACAUAACAUCGUUGCUGCACAUGAUGCCUGUGUCAAGCCAGAUGUCGAUAUGAAGGGACUGGAUCAGUGUUGCGAACACAAACGAGUGUUCACUGUGAAGACCACGACGAUUUGUGCUGUGAAAUAUGUGCCUUUUCUCGUCAUCGUAGAUGCGAGAAUGUCCACGAAAUAGCGAAGGUGGCUAAGAAUGUGAAAGAUGAUGAAAGGGAUAAGAUACGUGCAUCCAUUUUCACUGCCUCUGAUGUUAUAAGGAAAUGCGAAGAGGAUCAAUUGAACAACGUUUCGCGAGUGGAAGAAAUCGUUAAAGAAAUUGAUAAAUACAAGGAAGACUUUUUAACGAAAAUUGAGGAAGCAAAUGCGCGAAUUGUUAGCGAAAUAAGGAACCAUAACACACAGGAAGCAGAACGUCUAAAUACGAGAAGAAAUGCGGCUGAAAACCUGGAGAAAGAACUUGACACGCACUUGGAAAUGUCAGAUAGCGUUCGCGAGAAUGGGACGGAAACGGAAAUAUUCAUUCUAAACCACACUCUGAAAAGGACACAAGACAAGGCAUCACAAACACUGAACAUUUUGUUGCAGAAUGAUAACACCGAUAAAUUGGGAUUAAAAUUCGACGAACACUUUUUAAAAAUGACAACUACUGGUGUCGCAUUAUUUUCAUUAAAUAAAACAGAAGAACCAAAAACACAAUUAAAUGGAGACAAUGUAAGCAAAACAGCAAUAAGCUCAACAGACGAGAAACAAACAAACCAACAAAGGCCGGUGAGUCUGGAGCUGUUGAAAACCAUGGAGCUUGUGAAGACAGGGGACGACCAGAGGGAGCCGUUUGUUACUGGGCUCGACUUCCUGCCGGACGGGAGGAUCGUCGCUGUGGAUCAGUUCAACUGUAAAUGUUUUAUUUUGAGUGACACACUGAAGAGGUUCCAUACAUCUUAUAAAUUUAAGACAUAUCCUAGGGACGUAACUUGUUACUCUGAUAACAAUAUUGCAGUAACCGUCAGUGCCGGAGACAUCCGAACCAUCUGCCUGCUGACAGUGGGCAGUGACAACAUGAUCAAGCUGAUGAAGACGCUAACCACGUCGUCCUACUGCGACUCCAUCUGUCUUCAAAACGACAGAACGUUCGUAGUGGGCACUAUUGACGACCCGCGGCCGGCCAGGAUGAUUGACGUGGACGGCAAGGAGAGCGACUUUGACAACGUGAAGUUUCCUGGAAAAACGUAUAAGCCUGGUGAAAGUAAAUGUACCCACAUACCAUCCCGGGAUACGCGUGUCCUUUCUGACAGGCAUGCUCACACAAUUUACAUAUACAAAACCGUGACCGGAAAGAGCGUGGAGGUGAAAGAUGGCCGGAUACAUGAACCCAGAGGCGCCUGUGCUGGCCCAGAUGAAUCCGUAUUUGUUUGCAGUGGGAACACAAACUCCGUCAUCCAGAUAUCGCCCGACGGGGACAUAUUGGCGUCAUGUGACGUGGACAUGGAGUUACCGUACGUCGUUGCCGUCUCCAGGGAUGACUCGGGAAUGGCCGUGACCAACUGUGCAGGUGGCGUGAGACAAUUGAAACUGUUUAAAAUGAUACAAUAAAAGUGUAUUCGUCUAGCUCAGAAAUAAUUAGUGUAUUGUAUAAUUUUAUUAUGAAAGUAAAUAUAUCUUUUUGUAUGAUCAUUAUUUGUGAAUAGUUUAUAAAUACGAUUGUUGUGGUUAUAGAAUGUUUUUGUUUUUUUUUUUAAAAACGACUAUGCUUUGUAUUGUAUUGAUAUGUUUCAAGAUAAAUAUAUUUCUAAAUAUAAUUGAUUGAAACAUGAUGAAACACCCCUAGGACAGAAAAUCAACUUGGUUACGAACACAAUUCCUAAGAUUAAUUAUGAAACGACUUCCAGAUUAUUGUAUUUACUGAAGCGUAAC